CAUUAAAGCUGUAGAAUUUCGAGGUAGAAUUCAUGUUGAAGUUCCUUCUCCAGAGAAAAAUCGCCCUACCUUCAACUGCUUUAAGAUUGUGUGCUAUAAACACAAGGAAAUACUCUCAGAAUGUCUUGAGGACGGGCUGUAUCAUGAGCAGACGAGACCAGCAGUUGGAACACGGCCGGGGUCUUUAUGUAAUUUUCAGUUCUUCACGUUGUUACUCCCGCCCGAGCUCCCGCCGUAUUCAAUAUGCGGAGAGGAAAAGUGAGAAGCGCAAGGCUGACAAAAAGAAGCAGGUUAUUCUUAUAGAUCAAGAUGGAAAUAAUAUAGGCUCAAUGACAUUAGAUGUAGCAACUCAACUUACUGAAGCACAAGGCAUGGAAUUGGUUACUGUAAAGAAAGGUAAAGGACAGGAGGUGACAGUGUGUCGUAUGAUGUCAAAAAAGGACAUAUACGAUAAGAAUAAGAAACUAAAAGAACAGAACAAGAAGGAUCCAAAAAGUGUUACAAAAGAUAUAAAAUUCACCAUUGGAAUAUCACCGCACGAUAUAGAAAACAAAGUCAGCCAGAUUCAAAAUAUCCUUGAAAGGAGGAACAAUGUUAAAAUAUGGAUACAAACAAAACUGAGAAGUCGUCAGUGGGAGAUUGAUGAAAUGAGGGAAGCAGAACAGAAAAGGCAAAUGGAUUUACUGGAUUCAAUACUUGCAAGUAUCAAAGAUACAGGUGUUCCUAUGGGUGAUAGGAAAUGGUCUAAAAAGGACCUGCUCUUAACUGUCAGAUCAACUGUAAAAAUAUAAUAUGCAAAUUUAUUUUAAUUAAUUAUUUAUAAAUGUAUUGUAUUAUACAACUGAUGAUGAUGAUGAUGAUGAUUGAUUAGCCAUUAGUGAAUGGUUCUAGUAUAAA